UGGGGCAGGCAGAAUAAGCUGGUGUCUGGCAGACUGAGCGGCGAAAUAGCAAAAAUCAACCUUAUCUUUUGAAUAAUACUGAACAAGCAAUAACACCAUUAUGUCGUCUUUUGUCGAGCGCGUGCGCAGCGACCCAAAGAAUAUCUGCGUUCCAGUUCUUGCCAUUGCAGCAGUGGCCGCGGUCGGCGGAGCAGUGGUGCUGACGUCGCGGUAUUUGCAGGCCGACCAUGUGCGGACGGUACACAAGCGUGCGGCGCAGAAAAAGUAUAGGGCGCUGCUCAGCGACCUAGCCGAGUGCAAAGGCAUUCUCAGCUACAUUGAUUCGCAGGAAAUUCCCAAGGCGCAGCAGCUGGCAACCGAGGCCGAGCAGAUCAUGAGCCAGAUCGCGCAGGGAGGCGCAAACGAGGCCGAGCAGGCAGCGCUGCAAACCCGGCUGCAAGCCAUCAGAAUGGAUAUCAUGGGUGUGGGCGAGCAGCUGCUACGGCUGAUGGAAAAAGUCGAUGGGGUUGCGCCAGCGUUGGUGCUGGAGGCAGCGGGGCUGGAGCCAUGGGCCGAACACGAAAAGGAGCUAAGGGACAAGGCGCUGAGCGAUGGACUGGGUGCGGUGUUUGAUCUGGCAAGCGACCUGCGAGCUAUCCGGAAGGGGCUCAUCCACAAGGCAGAACGCCGCGCCCGCAAAGUCGAUUCGCUCAAGAAAAUCACAGCUGUCGCCGUGUAAGCGAAUGCGCAGCGGGCUGCAUGUCGCCCUGGCAGCCCUGGCAGCCCUGGCGGAUUAGGGCAUCUUCCCAGCAGGGGGAGCAUGCCUGAAGCAUGCGCAGCUCUGCACCUGUAGCGUGCCACGGCCGAACAGGGGGUGGGUAUAAAAGAGAAGGAGGGCGGGGAGAGGUA